CUCCGCCUCUUCCUUCCUUUCUAAAUACUCCGGAAAACUUCCCGAAACCCUGAGUCAGUCCUCCCCUGUUAGUGACAGCUUCGUCUGCGAGGUUAAUGUUGUUGUUUUUACCAUUGUCUCCAUUACCGCUAGGUUGCCUUUAUUCCCGUGUAACGCCAUUCAAACUUAAUUAUAAGCGUCAUCAUGGCAUCAAAGAGACGCGCUGCUUCUGCUGCCAAGGCUGGCGGCAAGAAAAUAAAGGAAGAACCCGAGCAAAUAAAGCCGAAGGAUGCCUUCACCUCCACCAAAGAGGCCCUGAUGGCUGCAGGGCCACAAAUCAAAAGCAAAAGGAAGGUGGACGAGCACUGCUACCUGUCAGGCAGUGGAGAGGUGUAUGAAGACUAUGACUGCAUGCUCAACCAGACCAAUAUUGGACAAAAUAACAAUAAGUUUUACGUCGUCCAAGUCAUUAAAUUAGUCAACACAUACUAUUCUUGGAACAGAUGGGGCAGAGUGGGUGAAGUGGGACAAUCCAAACUUAAUACGUUUGCUAAUGCCGACAAUGCUGUGAAGGACUUUGAAAAAAAGUUCAAAGACAAGACAAAGAACAACUGGAGCGAUCGCAUGAAUUUUGUCUCUCACUCUGGGAAGUACACUUUGAUCGAAGUGGAUGGGGAGCAGGAUGCACAAGUCAAGGUGGACAGUGUUGACGGAAAGGCUGUCAGAGUGACUAAAAAUGUCGUACCCUGCACACUUGACGAGGCUACAUCGAGACUAAUCCAGCUCAUAUUCAGUAAUGACAUGUUCAAGGAGGCUAUGGAAUGCAUGAACUUGGACAUCAAGAAGAUGCCUUUGGGUAAACUCAGUAAGAUGCAGAUUGCUAAAGGCUUUGAGGUACUGGAGGAGAUUGAAGCAGCCAUGAACCAAAAAAGAAGCAAAAGUUCCCGUCUUGAAGAGCUUUCCUCAAAGUUCUUUACCACGAUCCCUCAUAACUUUGGGCGUACCAGACCGCCGACCAUUGAUAGCAAAGAAAUUGUGGAAAACAAAAAAGAAAUGCUUAUGGUGUUGGCUGAUAUUGAGCUGGCCCAGACUUUGAAGUCAGAGACAGAGAAGGCCCAGGAAGCGAUGGUAGAGACGGUUCCUCACCCCUUUGACCAGGACUAUAGUUCUCUCAAGUGCAAGCUCUCUCUGAUGGACAAAACCACGGCCACGUACAAGAUAUUAGAAAAGUACCUGUCAGAAACAGCCGGAUAUCAGAAGCCCAAAAUCAUCAACAUUUGGGAAGUUGACAGAGAGACCGAGGGGCAACGUUUUAAAGAGAACGACUCUCUGGAAAACCGCCGUCUGCUGUGGCAUGGCACAAACAUAGCAGUUGUGGCCGCUAUCCUUAAGAGCGGCCUGAGGAUAAUGCCCCAUUCGGGUGGUCGUGUUGGUCGGGGUAUUUACUUUGCAUCAGAAAACAGCAAGUCAGCAAGUUAUGUGCGCACCUCGAAGAACACUGGCGUUAUGUUUCUGAGUGAAGUGGCCCUUGGGAGGGAACAUACCAUCACCCAAGACAACUCAUCCUUGCGUAGGGCUCCAGCUGGAUAUGAUAGCGUAGUUGCACGGGGAACAGUGGAACCAGAUUCCUCUAAAGAUGUAUUUAUCACUCUGGAGGGCAAGAAGGUUGCUGUCCCACAGGGUAAGCCUAUACCACAGCCUGAGUACUCUAAGAGCUACUUCUGCAACAGUGAGUAUCUCAUCUACAAAGAAAGUCAGUGCUGCCUCCGCUAUCUGCUCGAGCUGAAUAUGUAACGCCAGGAUAAGAUGUGCCUACUGUACAUGCCUGACUUUGCCUUUUUGUCACAUAUUCUCCCUUCCUUAAAUAUAUGAUGAGGAUGCACUGAGUGUAUGUUGUUAUUAUGCACAGACAUACACUUAAUUAAUUUGUCAUAUAAUCUUAUUAGUUCAUUAUGCGGGUAAAUCUAAUGUUGUGGCCGUUGAUUGAAGACAAUUCACAUUGUUUUGUACAAAGAAAUAUAACUUUGGUAUCCUGAGGUAUCCAAAACACAUGUCAAGUAAAAUGUUUCUAUGUAAUGAUGUGUUUACAGGACGACAAGGUACAAAGUGUGAUUUAUACUUGUAAUAUCAAAGCCUUGUCACUUUAUUAACAGCUACUAACAAAUACAAAGAGAAACUUGCUAUGGGUUGCUAUGUAUUACUAUAUAUAUAUAUAUAUAUAUAUAUAUAUAUAUAUAUAUAUAUAUAUAUAUAUAUAUAUAUAUAUAGAUACACAUAUAUAUAUAUAUAUAUAUAUAUAUAUACACAUAUAUAUAUAGUAUUAAAAUGAAUGUAAUCAUGAUAUAAUUUUGACUUGUCUGCUUGAAAUAUUGACAAAGGGCACCACCUUGUCUCAGUAGUAUGACCAACAUGCUGUGGGCUUUAUUUGCACUUAAUGACAGAACCAAUAAAUGUUAGUCCCUCUCAAA